ACCGGAGGGGAGGGGCCGCGGCCGCUCGGUGCUCGCUCCGUGAGGCCGGACUGGGCAUGAGUCGGGCCCUUUAAGGGCCGCUCCCGAGGAGGUGCCAGGCCCUAGUGGCUCCAAUCUCUUCUUCCUGGUCGCGCGAAGGCAGGGACUGACCGUAGGGCUGUGGGAGGGGACGUGCCGGGUUCGCCCAGGUGACCCGGGCCUGGCCUUAUGGCGCUGGUCACAGUGAGUCGCUCGCCGCCGGCUAGUGGCCACUCCACGCCUGUGGGACCCACGGACCGAGUGGCCAGGCGCAGAGGCCGGCUCCAACGCAGGCAGAGUUUUGCGGUGCUCCGAGGGGCGGUCCUGGGACUUCAGGAUGGAGGAGACAGUAAGGAUGCAGCCGAGGCCGGCUCUGAGCCAACGGAGGAACCCUCGGGUGAGAAGCAGCUCACUGAGGACCAGACCGACAAUGGGCAAGAAUUCCAGAGUCCUUGGAAACAAGUGCAGAGGAAGCAUCUGCACCUCAUGGUGGGGCUGCUGAGACCACAGGACGACAUCCGCCUGGCAGCCCAGCUGGAGGCAGCCCGGCCCCCACGACUCCGCUACCUGCUGGUAGUGUCCACAGGAGAGUGUCUGAGUCAGGAGACCAUUCUUCUGGGAGUGGACUUUCCUGACAGCAGCUCCCACAGCUGCACCCUGGGCCUGGUCUUGCCCCUCUGGAGUGAUACCCAGGUGUACCUGGACGGUGAUGGGGGCUUCAGUGUGACAUCUGGUGGUCAGAGCCGAAUCUUCAAGCCAGUCUCCAUCCAGACCAUGUGGGCCACGCUGCAGGUACUGCACCAGGCCUGUGAGGCGGCUCUAGGCAGUGGCCUUGUGCCUGGUGGCAGUGCCCUUGUCUGGGCCGCUCACUACCAGGAGAAGCUGAACUCUGACCAGGGGUGCCUCAACGAGUGGAUGGCCAUGUCUGACCUGGAGUCCCUGCGACCACCUGUUGCUGAGCCUGGACAGGCCUCAGAACAGGAGCAGAUGGAGCAGGCGAUCCUGGCUGAGUUGUGGCAGGUGCUGGACACCAGUGACCUAGAGAGCGUCACUUCCAAAGAGAUCCGCCAGGCCCUGGAGCUGCGUCUGGGAUGCCCUCUCCAGCAGUACCGCGAUUUUAUCGACAACCAGAUGUUGUUGCUCAUGGCCCAGCAAGACCGGGCCUCCCGCAUCUUCCCCCACCUCUACUUGGGCUCGGAGUGGAAUGCUGCCAAUCUGGAGGAACUUCAGAGAAACAGGGUGAGCCACAUCCUGAACAUGGCCCGAGAGAUCGACAACUUCUUCCCUGAGCGCUUCACCUAUCACAACGUGCGUGUCUGGGAUGAGGAAUCGGCCCAGCUGCUGCCGCACUGGAAGGAGACGCACUGCUUCAUUGAGGAUGCCAGAGCGCAGGGCACUCGGGUGCUGGUCCACUGUAAGAUGGGCGUCAGCCGCUCUGCCGCCACGGUGCUGGCCUACGCCAUGAAACAGUAUGGCUGGGGCCUGGAGCAAGCCCUGAUCCACGUGCAGGAGCUCCGGCCCAUCGUGCGCCCCAACCCUGGCUUCCUGCGCCAGCUACAGACCUACCAGGGCAUUCUGACUGCCAGCCGGCAGAGCCAUGUCUGGGAGCAGAAGGUGGGUGUGGUCUCCCCCGAGGAGCCCCUGGCACCCGAAGUUUCUACACCAUUGCCACCUCUUCCACCAGAGCCAGGGGGCAGUGGGGAGGUAAUGGUUAUGAGUUUAGAGGAGACCCCGAAAGAAGAGCUUGGACUGAGGCCCCGCAUCAACCUCCGAGGAGUCAUGCGCUCCAUCAGUCUCCUGGAGCCCUCCUCAGAGCCGGAGAAUACCCCAGAGGCUGGAGACCUGCCAGAGGUUUUCUCUUCCCAUGAGUCUUCAGAUGAAGAGCCUCUUCACCCCAUUUCUCAGCUCGCAACAGCCAAAGGUGGUCAACGGGUUCGCAGGGGGCCUUGGCCUGCCCUGAAGUCCCGCCAGUCUGUGGUUGCCCUUCAUAGUGCCGCCCUGGUGGCCAGCAGGACCCGGGCCUUCCAAGAGCAGGGGGAGGCUGGGGUGUCCUCCGCACCUAGGCUCCGGAAAGUGGUGAGGCAGGCCAGUGUAGAUGAGAGCAGAGAGGACGGUGGGGCCUAAGCCUCCGACUCUGUCCCCCUAGACACUAAGGGAGACUGGUCACAGCUCCCUAGAGGGGCGCCCUUUGCACCUAUGGCCCCAACACUCCAUAUAGCUCCUCCCCAGCGACUCCCAGACCUUUGUCCCUUCCUGCAGCCUUAGGUCUCAGACCCAGGUCUACCUGUCAAGGGCUCAAGACUUUUUCUACGUAGGGUAUAUGGUAGAGCCGUUCAAGGUGCCUUGAAGGGUAAUAAGACCCUCGUUUCUUUUUCCACUCACUCUAACACUUUGUGCAGCCAUGGAAUUAAAAGCAGACAGUUUUAGGGCAGGUUUUCUGGUUCACGUCCCCCCUGCCCUCAACUUCUGGCCAUUCCGUCCUGUUCCUUCCUCUCCUAGUGCAGUCCUACAGGACAGGCAGCUAGGCCAGGAACCAGUGGCCACAAAGGCAGAGAGCACUUUCAGUCCCCAGCCCCACAGGCUCUGAGGCGCACACAGCACCCCCCCCCCCACACACACACACACAACCGACCAGAGCCUCUGCUGCUGUCCCGAGUCUCCUGUGGCCCUCACUGGGUCACAGGGCACUGGGCCGAAGAGUCUUCUCGUUCGUGAAGAUCUCUGGCCAGUCAAGUUUUUCACAGCCGUAUAGUACCUGGCUUUGUACUGAGAAAUAAAGACAUUUUCAUAUGAA